AUGGGGUUCCACAAGAGAGUUCUUAUCAGCUGUGAUGGCCCAAGGACAGAGGGUCUAAGGACAGAGGGUCCAAAGACAGAGAGUCUGAGGACAGAGAGUCUAAGGACAGAGGGUCCAAGGACCAAAGGUCCAGGGACAAAGAAUCUGAGGACAGAGGGUCCAAAGACCGUGACCGAUCACAGUAUGAAGGUGGCAAGUCACUAUAACAGUCUACAGGAAGUGGGUCUGGCGGUGCGAAGUCGAAGCAGAAUCUUUUUCAUGAGGAACUUCAACAAUUGGCUGAAGAGCGUCCUGAUAGGUGAGAUCCUGGAGCAGGUGCGGGCGGCAAGUUCUCAACAGGUGUCUGUGUUGGACCUCGGCUGUGGUAAAGGAGGAGAUCUCCUGAAGUGGAGGAGAGGAGGAAUCGAUCACCUGGUCUGUGCAGAUAUCGCCGGAGUGUCGGUGGAGCAGUGUCGUAGCCGGUACGAAGACAUGAAGAAGAAGAGUCACGUGAAUGAGAAGAUCUUCAGCGCUCAGUUCAUCAACGCCGACUGUUCCAAGGAGGUGCUGUCGGAGAAGCUGGACGACCCUGAGCUGAUGUUUGACAUCUGCAGCUGUCAGUUUGUGUAUCACUACUCGUUUGAGAGUGAACAGAAGGCUGACAUGAUGCUGAGAAAUGCAUGCGAGCGUCUGAAACCAGGAGGUUACUUUAUCGGAACGACGCCAGAUGCCUUCGAACUUGUGAAACGCCUGGAGGCGUCGGACUCUCUGUCGUUUGGUAAUGAGGUUUUUAAAGUGUCCUUCCAGUCCAAAGGUUCCUACCCUCUGUUUGGCUGUCAGUAUCACUUCAGCCUCCACGACGUUGUCGAUGUUCCAGAGUCACUUGUCUAUUUUCCCCUGUUCCAACAGAUGGCGAGACGUUACAACAUGCGUCUGGUGAUGAAGAGGAGGUUCUCUGAGUACUUUGAGGAGAAGGUGAAGAAGGAGCAUCAUCGCAGCCUGAUGAUGAAGAUGAUGGCUCUGGAGCCCUUCCCGUGUGAGGAUGGAGGUCGACUGGCGACAGACAGCAGAGGAGAGUACGAACAUGCCAAAGAGUUGUGCAGCAGAGCUGAUGUCAGACUACCACUGGGCACUCUGAGCAGAUCUGAGUGGGAAGCAGCCAGUAUCUACCUGGUGUUUGUCUUCCAGAAGAUGUCCUGAAGAUGAAGACAGCAUGCUUGUCCUCACUUCCUGCUGAUUUUAUCUUUGUGUGUUUGUACAGUUUUUUUUUUUUGAUAAAUAUGAAUUUUGUUUGAUGUUCAAAUGAAUUAAAAGUCAAUUUAAACUGUU